ACCCUCUCUAGCACUUACUCUCUCUUGCCGUCUUUGCUGCCAUGUUCGUCACCAAGGCCUUCCUUCUUUUUGGCCUCGCCCUCUCCGCAUCUGGUCUCAGCGUACCGCACAUUAAUGCGCGCAACGCUGUUCACCACCGCUCCAUUGCCGCCAGUGCGCCCGUCGCCGAGCCUGAGCCCAUUGUGCAGCCGGAGAGCGUCGUUGUCAAGCCGAAGCGCAAGCGCAACCUGAACAAGCGCUGUGCUGUAUCAAGCGACGUCCCCUCGGCUGCGUCUUCGUCGCUCGCACCCAGCAGCAGUGUCAUUGUGGACCCCGUGUCAUCGGUGGUUAGCAGCGCAGUUGCAAGUAUAACCUCUCCCAUCUCUGUCAUUGCCGUGUCGUCUGUAGACCCAGUCUCGAGCGUCAUUGCUGGGACCUCGAGUGUCAUUGUUCCGACUUCGACCUCCGUCUACGUUGCACCGACUAGCACCGAGGCGGCUUCGACCAUUGUGGCUGCCGCUACGACCUCUGAAGCUGAGAGCAGCUCCUACGUGGCUACCCCUACUGCUGCGGCGGAUUCUAGCGAGCCUACCUGGAUGUAUGCCACCAACUCUGGCGAUGGCACCUACUACGCCGCUGGUCUGGGCGCGUGCGGUAUCACGAACACCGACUCGGACUACAUCGUUGCAGUGUCCUGGGAGCUGUUCGACAACUACCCUGGCUAUGACGGUACCAACCCGAACACGAACCCUGUCUGCAACAAGGGUAUUACCGCUUCCUAUGGGGGCAAGUCCGUGUCGGUCACAGUUACCGACCGCUGCACGGGUUGCAGCACGACGAGCCUCGACUUCACGCCGACCGCGUUCGGAGAUCUUGCCGAUCUCUCCAUCGGCCGUCUGACUGAUGUGACCUGGGAGUUCACAUCCUGAGCGACUCGCAGCAAGCCCUGCGCCGUCUUCCCCAUGACGCACGAAGACAUACUACAACCCCCAACGUUCACGUUAUCACUUUCAUUUGCUUUCCUCUGGUUCUCUGGUUUUCCACGUCCAUAGCAUUCUCCCGUUCUUUCGGCACCUGGGUGUCCCUCUGAUUGCUUCGCGUGCGAAGGCGGAGGCUAGGAAAUACGGGUCGUAUGAUGAGCUGUCUAUGUCGUUGCAUCGAGCAUGCAUAAUUCGGUCCACUAGCUCUAGAUGCGCUUGCGCGCUGUUUAUUGUUGACUUAUGUACAUCCGGGUAGAUGUUCACAGAAUUGAAAUCAAGAAUAGGAAUCGUAGAUUGA